AUGGCUCUUUCGAAGAUGCCACAGAUGCCCAAGGAUAAAAGCGGAGUUCCAGCAGUCGGGAAGAGUGGUGCGAGUGACGCACCGGCUGUGGUACUGAACAAGAGCAUGAUGUUUGAUCAGAGUGCCACACUGACUGACAUCUUUGGUGCACAGAUGACUCCCGGACUAGGUUUGGUUGACGAGAUCAUCAAAGCUUACAAGGUGCCCACCAUCCGGAAGGUUCAGUUCUUUGCCUCAGAGGUCGACACCGUGCUCAACGAGUACGUGAAAAGUGUGCAAAUGCGCGGAAUAGUUCCAGGCGUCAGGGGACAGGCCUGGUUGCUUGCACCCGACGGGGAGAAGAAUCAUCACGCUUACCUUGCUCUGACGUUCGCGUCAGAGGCAUUUUACGAAGCGUGGGGACGUGCAGACAGGGCCUCACACCCGAACUUGGCUUUGACAUUCAAAGUAGAACGCUCAUUCGCGUCCUACAAAGUCGCCCACGGGAUCACUGCCCGUAUGUCCGACUACGAAUCCAAAUAUAGAGAGUUCAUUUCUUCGCAGUGGCCUGAAGUUUGGUCGUCAUACCGUGCAUUCGAGACGACAAGAGUCGUGUACAACCACUUAACGCGGCACCAUGUGCUAGACUCCAUCAAAGAGGUCGCACAACGCUGGUGCGAAUUCUUGCACCCGCAGCUGUCUCACGAAGAUGUCGUGGCCACGAUCAAAGAGUUGCUGAGCGGGUGCGGCUCAUUUUUCAGUGCGAUGACAGAACAAGAACAACAGGCAAUCGUUUUGGAGAUGGUGUUUGCAGCGGCCCUUCAGCUGAAAGUGAUUCCGCUGCACGGCGAGGGCACACGGUGGAUCUUCAAGAAGCCGGCCACAGCAUCGAACGACGUGGCGCUGUUGAUGACACCGGUGUCGGGCCGCGUGUUUUUGAUCCAAGACAAACUGAAGCAGCAGAAGCAAGCCGCAUCCAAGAAAGUGAACCCAACGAAGAUUUUGGCUGCAAACGAGCCCAAGCGAGCAGCAAAGGCAACCGCGAAAUCCAAGGCAAAGGCAAAACCAGGUGCAGCCAGUAAGACUGUUAUCGAGCCAUCAGAUGAUGCAGGGAGGACUGACAACGAGGUUGCCGUGCACGGCGUCGGUGGCACUGCAUUCGCACGGGAGAAGUAUUUCAUUGAUUGCCUCGUCAUGUGUGUGCGCAGUGCCUUGCGGGCAGCACGGAAGACAUUCGGUGUGCCAGAGGAGUCGGGGAACUUGACUGAUGCUGAGACGGGGCAACUCGUGUACACGCCAAUGGAGCUGAAGCUGUUAAGGGACGUCAUCAAAUCUGGAUUGGCAUUUCUGAUGGAUGGAGAAUUCAAGUUGCUGAACAAGACUUACAAGAAGUGGUCAUCUUUGCGACCAGCGCUUCAAUCCUCGGUGAUGAAGCGUUACGAGACGGAUCUCCAUGUCACGCGCACCUUGACGACAAGCUCUGGUGUGGAUCAGAAUGACGGCGAUAGGGUUGAGAACAUUGCAAAGAUUCUACCUGCUGUCAGCAGGUCUCACUCCGAUAGCGAGCUUACGAGCAUUGUGAAGGCAUGCAAAUCGAAGGAGCUGGAGCCACUGAUUCCAGAGUUGUUCAGGUGGCUCGAUGCCGAGAGAUGCGCCACCAAGCAGACCAAUCCACUCGAGACAAAGCCAUCCUUGCACAUGACUAUGGCCAAGAUUCUCGAGCAGUGGGAAGACUUGUGUAGCUGCGGUGAGAGGACCAAUGUCGAGACAUGUAUCGUUCAUCAGCACAAAGCAGACGUGAUGGAUGUGGUAUUUCAGAUCUGCCAACUGACUUGUGCUAUCGUACCUCAUGCGGUUGUGGCGGCGGGAAAGAUCAUCAGCAGUCUGGUUGCCACCACGUGGGGAGGGGCUUUGCCUGCUGCAUUGCAGGAUCAUACGGAUCAGGAGUUUGUGAGGGCAAUCUUCACAAACAGAGGUAUCUCAGCGCUAGCAGAACUUCGCAAGGACUACAUAGUGUUAGCUUGCGUGCAUGCACUCUGUGACCGAGUCCAAUGCAAUACAGAUCAACUCAAGCAUUUGGUCAAGCAUCACAACGCCGUGUUGCUUGAAUUGGACACAUGCUGUGACGUCGCCGAGCUGGACGCCUUGAGCACCGGCUACGGCACAGCGUUCACAGAGCUACUAAAAAAAGGCACAGUGACAAUGGCUGAGCUUUCGGAGGAGACCAGCAAUUCCGAGAAGGGGCAAGGAUCCGCCGCAGGGUCGGCCACAGCGAACACCAGCGAGUCAGCAUCCGGAACAGCUGACGGGCGACUUUGUUCUUUGCGUGAGCUUAGCAAGCUGUGCCAACAGAAUCAGAUCAAUGCUUUCGGCUUGAGUACAACCGAGUCCUUGCACGAGUUGCGAUUGUUGAUUGCUGCAGACAUGAUGACAAAGUCCAGGGCCUACGAGCACGAGCACAGCUGCAACUCCAGCAUCUUCUUUCAUACCACAACUUCCGAGAAGGGCGAUAAGAGUGUGUCCAACACCGAAGUUUUGCUUCUGUUGCACGACGGCUGUGACAAGGUGACCGAACUCAUUGGGAAUGCCUCAGCAGAGCCUGUGCGUGUCACGCUUGAUGAAGUCACAACCGAGAACUUCCGGAACACCUUCCGCUGCUACCUGUGGGGUGACGUGAGCACCGAUGUUCAGGUGAUGCAGAAGAUGCCCAAAGUGAUGCAGGUAACAUCCAUCCAGGUUAAGGACAAGUCCGCAGAUGAACCGUUGAAACUCCACUUCGGGAACUCCGACACAACCAUGGACGUCGACUUCUUUGUCCACGGCACGAACAACUCGAAGAUGGAUGCAAGUGUAGUGUGUCCAGGCUGGAUGAUCCCGCCAACGGACCUUGCCUCCCCCAUCCUGAAGGUGUAUGAGGCGAAGCACACAAUGCAGUUCAAGGGCGGAUCCAUCGAGUACACUGUGCCAUACCUGGCAAUGCCUGCUUCAGAUGGCGAUGCAAUCACCACCCCAGUGCUUGUAAAGGUUGUCAACGGCAAAGCAUUCGCAGUUCUCAUGCGGUCGCACUUGUCUUUGACUCAGCAUGUGCCAUGCAUCUGGUAG